AUGGCAGAUGACCCAAAAGCAUAUUUUGGUAUUGCCGCUGACAAGUUCCCUGAUUAUAUCUGUAAGCAUCGAAUGGGUCGCUUCCAAAUGAUGACAGAUGCUGACACAGACGUAGUUACACUUAUUCCCAACCGUCCGAUUGGGAAUAGACCAGUGCUUAUCUCCAUCGAGGCCGAAGUCGAAUAUAUCAUACAGAUGCUCUCAAAAUUUCAAAACCAGAAUUUUGACUCGUUUGAGGUCAAUGCGGAAUCGGAAUGCCGCUCAUGGUACAAAGCGGGCAACAGCUUCGGCAAGGUUCUGGCCCUCUGGCCAGGCAGCACCCUGCAUUACUUGGGGACGCUCAACAGCUCACAAUGGCAGGACUGGAGCUACAAGUAUCCAGCCGGCAAAAACAAAUACACAUACCUGGGUAAUGGCCACAGCACAACUGAAGUUCAGCAGAGCGACGUCAGCUUCUAUAUCAGAAACAAGGACGACACGCUGACGUAUCCGGUGUUGAAGAAGCCGGCGAUGAAGGUCAGGAUUGAGGCGGUGCAGGACGCAAUUGUAGGAGAGGUCAGGUCUAAAGCGUCAGGGCAUCUUGGGGUAGUGGGGGCUUAG